AUGGGCAACACAUUCAGCCAACUGUUCCCUCCCAAACCAGACCUGACAGAGAAAAACCUCGGCGACCUCGCAGGCAAAGUCUACAUCGUCACCGGCUCCAACACAGGCGUCGGCAAAGAACUCUCACGACUCCUGUACUCCAAAAACGCCACCGUCUACAUCGCCGCUCGCUCACAAGAAAAAGCCCUCUCCGCAAUCUCCUCCAUCAAGACCACCUCCCCCGAUUCCAAGGGCAAACUAACCUUCCUCCACCUCGACCUCUCAGACCUGUCCACCGUCAAAACCGCCGCGGAGACCUUCCUAUCCCAAGAAUCAAAACUCCACGUCCUCUUCAACAAUGCCGCAGUCGCCAUGCCCCCAGCGGGUAGCAAAUCCGCCCAAGGCCACGAACUACAAUUAGCAACCAACUGUCUAGGCCCCUACAUGUUCACACGCCUCCUCACGCCCCUCCUCGCCUCCACCGCAAAAACCGAAGCCCCCAACUCCGUCCGCGUCAUCUGGGUCUCCUCCUCCGCAGCCGAAGUCAUGUCUCACAACCCCGGCGGCGUCCCCCUCGACCGCCUCGACGACCUCACCGGCAAAGUCCCCGUCUGGCGCCUCUACGGCAUCAGCAAAGCCGGCGACUACCUCUACGCCCACGAAUACGCCCGCCGCUACGGCUCCGACGGAAUCCUCUCCGUCUCCCUAAACCCCGGAAACCUCGACUCCGACCUCGGCCGCCAUGUGCCGAAAGCGAUUAAUUGGGUUUUCAAGAAGUGUCUCCUGCAUCCGCCGGUGAAGGGGGCGUAUACGGAGCUUUAUGCGGGGCUGUCGGGGGAUAUUAAGAUGGCGAGUUUGGAGGGCGGGAAGUGGAUUAUUCCGUGGGGGCGGUUUGGGACGAUCAGGAAAGAUUUGGUCAAGGCGAGUAUGGCGGAGAGUGAAGGGGGGAGUGGGGUGGCGGGAAAGUUUUGGGAGUGGAGUGAGCAGAGGGUCGCGGAGUUUGUGUAG